AUGAGUUCUCUCCUUUUCAUCAUCCUCCUAGGGGGAUCUCUCGUCUCUUUGUCGUCACAGACAGAUUUGCAGAGCGAUGUUUCCACUUCUAACAGCACUACCGAGCGGGUCGCGCAACAUAUUGUCGCACCCAAGUGUGACUGUUACGUGGUCUCCGGGCCGGAGCCAGGCUACUUCCAGCAUUACCGCUUCUAUGAUUUCCGGCCUGCUCCCGCGAGAGACACCCCGAAAAAGGGCAUGAAGAAGAAAAAUGACAAAAAGGAGAAAGAUAGGGAGAAUAUGGGACCCACGGGGAUCAACAGUCGUCAUCACGCCCUGAAUGGACACGCCUUCUUUAAGGAAUGGAACAUCCAGAGCUGGCACCGUGUCGGGUCUACGCUGUUCCCCAUCAGCAUCGUCCACUCCUAUGACAACGUCUACAUCACCGAAGGCAAGGCAAGCAGUUCCGACGGAUCAUACCAUUUGGUACUCCGCUCAACCAGACAUGAGGAGUACACUUCAACUGCCGAAGUCCAGACCUCGGCGGAGAAUAUUCUCCACUGUUCCUACCGCGUUCGCAUGCGGCUCUACUCAACUUCCCAGGGUGGGUCGGGCAAGAUACUACCUCCCCCCGGCGGUGCCGUUGCCGGGAUAUUCACCUAUCACUCCCGAAACAGCGAAUCGGACAUUGAAAUUCUUACCAUUGACCCUCCUAAUCGUGUGCACUACUCCAACCAGCCGGAUUGGGACCCGACCACCGAUGAAAUGAUCCCCGAGGCCAUACUUGAAAAGGACUAUGGCGUGCCUUCGUCUCCGAGCGCUCUCGUUCUAAACUUGUGGAGUGACGGCGGUAUGUGGUCGGGAAAUAUGUCUGUAGGCCAAUCGGUAUAUAUGGGGGUUGAAUGGAUUCAAAUCGCAUACAAUACCUCCAGUCAGCACGUUGGAGAAACACAUGACCCCCACACCCAGUAUGUGGGCCAUGGCAAUCGCUGGGGAGAGCGGUUUCGUAGCUAUUUCUGGAGGAGUCGUUGGCGUCAUAGGUUCAACUUGGGCAGGAUGAAACCUGCAGCAGGGGAGCCAGAGAAGGAUCCUGAAGGCAAUGAUGGCAAUCCUGAUGGACGUCCGGUUCAACAGGAAGACCAAGACCGCGAUUACGACUACGACCAGGGCGAGUAUGCUUCUGAUUAUGAUCACGAAGAUAGUCACAGCGGUGAUCGUGAUGGUGGGAAUCCUUCCGAGAAACUCGAAUGCGCCGUUGUCUGUCAGAUUGACGACGUAGGUAUGACCGGCGUCCCUGAGGUUGUGUGGGACGCAUCUUGGGAGCAACACUGA